AUGUCGGAAUCUCAAUGCGAACUGCAGCCUUUGUUGCGCCCGGAAGAUGUUGAGGCAACACCGGUCUACCCUAUAAUACACAUGAUAAAACAGGAUGUUAUGCAUUUUAUAGAUACCCCAUUAUCAUACGAUGCUUUGUUAGCUCCAGACCUCACUUACACCCUUGUUCGCCCACUGGUUGAAAAGUAUUCAGCGAUGCAGCAAGACGGAAAUAUGUCGAUUGUCUUCUGUUGCCUGCUGAAUCGCGUCCACUUUGUACGGGAUGAAAACGUUGCCACAGCUACCCUAUCUCGCUCAAGGGCUCAUCUAUGUGAAAUUCUGGCGAUUCGCACCUUCAGGGAGCUUGCAAAUAGCAUGCUUCAACUCACUGUGGCGCUUACCGCUUGCUGGCAUGUAUACUCCGGCGCAGAUCCUGCCAUCAUAGCUCAGGCCCGCGAGGAACGGGACGAUGACUUGGAGGACAGAGUGGGAAACGCGAUCGAGCUUGCCAUUCUCGGUAAAGCUAAGAGAUUUAUAAAAAGCUCCUCUUGUCAAAAGGUUAUCAAUGGAAUUUGGACCGGGAAAUGUGUAUAUCAACCAGAAAGCAGCCAUUCGAUUCUUUCCGAUACAUACAAACGAACGCCGGUUCACUUUUACGACCCCCACAAGGCUCCACUUCUCGAUCACUACAGACUGAAAGUCCCUGCCAUUCGCUCGGUUCUUGAAUAUUUUAAUUUCCUUAUUCUUUUUGUUUUAUUCAUCAUCGCUAUCGAGACAAGCGAAGUGAACAAGAUCAACAUAUACGAAAACUUGUUCAUGAUUUAUGCGCUGGGCUUUACGUUGGAAAAGAUUGCGGCGAUGCAAGAACACGGAAUUAAAGUUUACUUUAAGGGAACAUGGAAUGGCUUUGAUUUGGCGUUCGUGACAACAUAUUGUAUAUACGCUUCUCUCCGAAUUUAUGGUGUAUAUCAUCACAAAGCGUGGGCUCGCAAACUGGGCGUUGAUUUUCUUGCUCUUAUUGCGUGCUUGAUGUUUCCUCGCUUAGCUUUCGUUACGUUUAAAGACAAUCUCAUGGUUCUUUCUCUCCGGGCAAUGAUGAUGCAGUUUUUGUUCUUAAUGUUGAUCGCUGCGUUUUGUUUCUGCGGGUUUUUAUAUGCCCUUUGGAUGCAGGGUGAGAAUUCUUUCCGUAAACUUGAGGCUCGUUUUGAAAGUCCCCUCCCUCGCGUAGCUAUGGAGCUGGGUCAGUCUUUCCAAUGUUGUAGCUGGCAACCACAUAAACAGAUUAACAGGACGAUUGCCUGGUGGAUGCUUGACCUGUGGUUUGGUCUGGAUGCGAGUGGCUUCGAUAGAUCAACUGAAUUCCACCCCAUUUUCGGACCAGUCUUGAUGGUGACUUAUGCCUGCCUGAGUAAUACCCUCCUGUUAACAGUUCUUGUAUCUAUUCUGUCCAACACCUUCGCAACAAUCAACGAAGACGCAGCCGCAGAGCUGUAUCGACGAUCGAGGGGUAUGAUUUUGCAAAGUUAUAGGGACCAUACUCAACGUAUCUUUAGAGUGAAGGCGGACUCACUUUUCUCAUAUCUGCCACCUGUCAACCUCAUCGCGCUAUGCAUCAUGCUGCCCGCGAGCUAUCUCCUUUCCCCUCGGUGGUUCCAUAAGGUGAACGUCUUCAUGAUCAGGCUAACGAGCUUUCCAGUAUUGUUGUCGAUUUCGUUAUACGAGCGACAAGCGAAGAUGGCUGGGACAACAGGCUUCUAUGAAACUGUUUCCCAUGUUGCAGAAAAGGUCUUCGAUACCCUGCCUCGCUCUUUGAAGCGAAUGACGAUUUUUGAAGGUCUGGCAGGUUCAGAGGCUGACAUUGAUGCAAUCUUCGAAAUCGAAGAAGACUUUGAGAGUGCUCUUGACACCGGAGAGGGUGCCGACGACGUCUACCAACAGACCCAGAGCAAGCGGCGAUUUUCAGGGGUAUCAAUUUCUCCGCCCGCUCCACCACCGCAGCCCCAAUCUUCCUCUCCUCCACGUGCUAUUCCUCGACUUCGACUGAAUUCGGUCGUGAAUCGCGGCGUUGACGCUACUGCAUUUAGCCCUCUUGCUCAAGUGUUUCAGCCGCUGGUGGUCGAUGAAGAUCCAUUCAAAGCCACGGCGAACAAUGCGGCAAACGCGUCUGGAUCACUUUUCCCGCUUGGCAUCAGUUACGGGCCUGCAAGUCGCCGCCGGUUAACCUCGAUACAAUCGAUGCAUCGCGGAGCACAUGAACCAUUGCAAACUCAGUUACAAUUGAAUACCGGAAAAAAGUUUCCCCUUAUUGGGAGAGGCUCUCCAAAAGAUCGUGAAGGGCCCUUCAAGCGGGAUAUAUCCUUGGAGCGUAUGCCGGAGACUGUCACGGAAGUGAAGGAACAAGAAGGUGCAUCCGGGACUAACAAUCCAGGGGAGGCGCAAUGGUUGGAACGGUUGACACAAAUUGAGCAACGGCAAGCGCGGAUUGAAGAUUUACUUUCACAGAUAGCAAAAAACGUUGGAAACAGUAAAUAG